AUGUCUCAAAGUACUCUCGCCAUCAGACCUUCAGCAUCACUCAUCGUUGCUGCUCCAAUUCCCACGAAGAAUGUACUCGACAAGGACGAUUACGAUUUCCGAGUUCUGAUGUUGAAACGUAAUGGGAAGAGUAACUUUGUACAUGCUCAUGUGUUUCCUGGUGGAAUUGUUGAUUCGUUUGAUCAUUUCUCACAUUGGAAGUCCAUUCUUUCUGUUUCUGGCCAAACUCAAGAAGAACUUGAAGAAGCACAGAAUACAUUGACCAGCAAAAUUUGUGCAAUUCGUGAAACAUUUGAAGAAUCAGGAUUACUACUCACCAAUCCACCCGCUCACACGGUUUCUGGGUUUUUGACCGACGAAUGGAGAAAUGUGGUUCACAAGGAUCCUUCGCAAUUCAAAGUGAUGUGUGAAAAAUACAAAAUUGAGCCAGCCGUUGACAAGCUCACACCAUUUUCCAACUGGAUUACUCCAACUAUCGAAAAAAGACGCUACAAUACCCAAUUUUACCUGACUGUCCUUGGCCAGACGAUUGAAGAAGAACACAAGGAAAUUGUAGAAGUAUCUGCAGAUGGGCAAGAAACCGUUCAGCUUGACUGGUUCAAACCUCAACAAGUCAUCGAAAACUGGAAAAACGAAACAGUCAAGCUGUUCCCUCCCCAAUACUACACCAUGGUUGAAUUGGCAAAGGUCCUUCAUCACAAAGAUCUACUCGAGAAUGCAGGCAUCAAUGUAUUCAGAACAAAGUCUGGCCAACCUAUUGAAUUACUCCCUCAAGGAAACCAAACCGACCCAAACGAUAUCUUGGCUCCAAAGGGCUCCAAAGUAUUCUUGUCUUUACCUGGUGAUCAUGAAUACAAAGCUACAGAUACAGAUACAAAUUCUGAUGGUCCCAAAGUAAAAACUGGAAAUUUACAUCGAAUUUAUAUUGAGGGGCCCAUGGCUAGCUUUAAGAUUGUGAGAAAUCUUGACUUUGACACAAAAGCAAAGUUGUAA